AUGUUAUCUCCAAAUUCCAGAGUGACUCGUGGUCACUCAUGUGUUUUCUGCCAACAGCGCAAAGUACGAUGUGAUGGCCACCGACCGUGCUCGACAUGCCUGCGGAAUAGACAGGAAUGCGUGAGACGCACUGGAUCAAAAUCGCAGGCCCGGAAAAAUAGAGAUCUCGGAGUUGCCAGAGUCAUUGAUCCCCUAGCACGAAGACUCGAACUCUGUGAACGAGCUGUGCAGGCCCAUGGGAUAACGCUCGAUGAGCGAGGUGAGCCUGACACGAAGCCUUCUUCUCUUCGUCUUACCAAUAUAUCCUGGCCAGCUCCGGAGGGUCAUCUAAUUCAGGAGACAGCACAGUCUCGAUACGUGGAGAAUCCCCUCUGGCAAGGUCUGACCAACGAACUUGACAGUUGUAGCAGUGUUGCAGACGAAAGUGACAAUGAGAUGCUUCAGAAUGCAGACGCGGGAACACUCCUGUUACGAUCUUCAUGCCCCAAAGGAGUGCGCUCCCUCCACCCUGAAACACCACAGGUCUUCCAAUUAUGGCAGAUCUUCCUAAAUAACGUGAACCCCAUUGUCAAACUUCUACAUGCUCCUUCUACCCAGCAAUUGAUUCUAGAAGCCGCGUCUGACCUCGAUCACAUUUCUCGGCCCACGGAAGCAUUGCUUUUCAGUUUGCACUUAUGUGCGGUGGCCUCGAUGAACGACGAAACUAGCCGUCGCGUGAUGAGUGCAUCACGGUCUGACUUGAUGGCAAGAUUCUCGCGCGCUUGCGAGCAGGCAUUGAUAAAUGCUAAUUUCCUCCGAUCGACCAAUCUUUUGAUACUCCAGGCACUGACACUCUACCUGCUAGCAACCAGGCAGCGAUAUGAUGUGCAGACCAGAUGGCUCCUGACCGGAAUUGCGAGUCGCAUAGCCCGAGUCAUGGGUCUGCAUCGAGAACGUAGUUUGGCAUUACUACCCGUCUUUGAGCGAGAGAUGCGCCGCCGACUCUGGUGGCAGAUUCUGCUCAUGGAUAGUCGCGCAGCACAGCUCUGCGGAGUGGCUGUGGAUGCAUACUCCUAUCACUUUUGGGAUACCGAGCGCCCAUGCAACGUGAGUGAUAGCGAUCUGUCACCGUCGAUGCAAGAAUUACCCCGUGAUCGGCCUGGUACCACGGAGAUGCUAUUUUGCGAAAUAAGAUUUGAGAUCGGUGAUUGUAUGCGUAAGUUGACGGCUAUGGAACAUCAGCCUGUGGCGAGUACCGUGGCCCAAAGGAUGAUUGUCGAAGAGGGUGCAAUCGACGCACUCGAGAGCCGAUUGGAGGACGCAUACCUAAAGGACUGUGAUCCAUCUAUUCCAUUCCACCAAUUGGCUUUGUACCUGGCGCGAUCGUCAGUGUGCCAGAUGCGUCUGGCGACCCGACAUCCUCGGCGAUCUGCGGAUAUCUCACCAGACGAUCGGGACCGACUGUUUUCGCUUGGUCUCCAGGUACUUACGUACGAUAAUCUGACCUAUGCGAGUCGUGAUCUCCAGCCGUAUCUGUGGCAUGUGGGGAUGAGCUUCCCCUUCGAGGCGUUCAUUCUUGUGGUCACGGAGUUGUCCUCCCGCCGGGAAGGGGAGCGCGUAGACCAGGCAUGGGCCAAGGUUGAUCAGGCAUACCACGACCACGCGGACUUAAUCACAGCCUCAAAGACGAACACACUCUUCUUUGCUCUGGGGACUCUUACGCUGCGGGCGUGGGAUAUGCGCAUGGCCUGGGCUCGACGCGGCCCGAUUCUUUCCCAGCCCGUCGAGCCCCAGUCUGUCGCGCGCCUCCGGGCCCUUCGUGGGAACUCUCGGGCCCCUUCACCGACGCCAGUCCCGGUAGGUGGCCCGCUUAUGCUGCUCCCGGGACCGGGGAGCUGGAAUCCCGGGGAGUCGGACAAUGCGCUGCCGUGCUUGGAGAAUCUGGAGCCGUCGAUGGAUCUGUCGCAGAUUGAUUGGGAGUGUUGGCAGAAUUUGAUACAUGAGCAUGUCGACUUUUUCUAA